CUCUUCCCUCUCUGUCCCUUCUUAACAGCGCUCGGGAGAUCGCCCGUUACGUUGUGACGCGGAACGCAGAAGAGUAGGGCUCAAGUUUUCUCCGUCGCUUUCGUUCGCUCUCGCUGCUGCAUUGUCUUGGCCAUUUCCCUUUGGUAACAGAUUGUUGGGCUGUCUAAGGAUGGAACCAAGCUGCUCGACUAGUGGGAGCAAUAGGAAGAGGCAUGUGGACAGUGUAACUGAUGAUGGUGACGCGGAGAGGGUGUAUAGAUUUACAGUACUGUUGCCUAAUGGUACUAGUGUUGGGAUCACAAUAAGGGACCCCGACACCCUGAUGCCUUUGGGAGACUUUGUGCUUACGAUCAAACGGAGAUACAUUCUAGCCAAAGCGCAAGAUCCGUCGCUGAAGUUGAAACGUCCUAUAGCGUGGGAGAACGAGGAUUUAUAUAUCGAAGAUGCCAACGGCGAUCAGAUCAAAAGAAGAAUUAUAUUUGAUAACUUUAAACCGUAUAAGCGGCAUAUUAUACAUCUUCAUGAUGGGUCCGGCAACGCAAUUAAUACAUUUGAGGAUAUGUGGGAUUUAACACCUGAUACAGAAUUGUUGAAGGAGCUACCUGAAGAAUAUAAUUUUGAAACUGCUCUUGCAGAUUUGAUAGAUAAUUCCUUGCAAGCUGUAUGGGCUAAUCCUCCGAAAUCUAGAUUGAUUAGCUUGGAUAUAUCCGAUGAAAAGAUCUCUAUCUUUGACACUGGCCCUGGAAUGGAUGCCAGUGAUGAGAGCUCUAUAACAAAGUGGGGAAAGAUGGGUGCCUCACUUCACAGAAAGUUCAAAGCUAUGGCAGUAGGUGGAAAACCUCCAUAUCUAAUGCCUUUCUUUGGCUUGUUUGGAUAUGGAGGGCCAAUUGCUUCUAUGCAUUUAGGAAGGCACGCCGUAGUUUCUUCGAAGACUAUGAAAUCCAAGAGAGUAUACAUGUUACAUCUGAAGAGAGAAGCCCUACUGAGUAGAUCUGGUUCUCAACAUUCUUGGAAAACUACUGGUGGCUUCAGGGUUCCUUUAGAAAUUGAAAGUGCCAGAGCACCUCAAGGAAGCUUCACGAAGGUUGAGAUUUUCAAGCCUAGAACGAAAAAGGUGAAUCUACAUCAACUCCAGUGCAAGCUGAAGGACAUCUAUUUCCCAUAUAUUCAGUUUGAUUGUUUGCAGUGUGAUGGUUUGUCCGAUUUGAGGAGGACAACAAGACCGGUCUAUUUUGAGGUUAAUGGUACUGAUUUAGCUGAAAUUAAAGGCGGGGAGGUUGCAAUUACUAACUCGCAUUCCUGCAAUGGUCCUGAUUUUAUAAUUGAAGUUCAUUUUUCAAUCACACAGGACACUGAUGCAAAUAGAAUACCUGGUUCCACAGCAAUUCAUGAGGCCAAUGCUUGCCUGAAGUGUGUCUACUUUCCUGUUGUUCAGGGGAAGGAAACCAUCGAGAGAAUCUUAGAGGAGUUAGAAGCUGAUGGAUGCAGAGUUGCUGAAACCUACGAAUCUUUCAGUCGUGUGUCAAUCCGACGUCUUGGCCGACUGCUUCCAGAUGCUCGCUGGGGUUUGCUUCCAUUCAUGGAAGAGAGACGUAAGAGAGGAGAUAAAGCUCACUUGUUCAGGAGAUCUUUCUUUAGAGUUAAAUGCUUUAUUGAUACUGAUGCUGGAUUCUCUCCAACACCUUCCAAGACCGAUCUGGCCCAGCAUAGCCCAUUUACCUGUGCUCUUAAAAAAAUUGGCAGGCCUCUUGAUGAAGUAAAAGAAAUAAAAGUUAAAAUCUGUAGAGAAGGGAAGUUGCUGACUCCGUUACAACUGGAAAAGGAGUAUUGUGAUUGGAUUAUCCAAAUGCAUAAACUUUAUGAUGAAGAGGUUGACAGCGGUGAGGACCAAGCUGUUUUCAUACUCAACCCUGGAAACAAGAAGGCACUUGGUGUAUCAUCCAACGUUCUAAGAGUGCACCGUCGGAUGAAAAGGAAGGGAGUAUCUUGGAGACGUGACCAGAAAAUCAAAAUUCUCAAAGGAGCAUGUGCCGGAGUGCACAACAACAAUGUCUAUGCUACUCUAGAAUAUUUUUUGCUCGAAGGACUUCAAGGAGAUGGCGGUGGGGAAGCACGAAUCAUAUGCAGGCCACUAGGGGUGCCUGAUGAGAAAGGCUGCAUGCUCAAUAAGCAUGAGGAAAACGUUUGCUUGGAGGUUCAGAGUUCUGUAUCUAUACCUAUUGGAGUCAUUGACUCUGGAGAGUUAGUAGCUGUUGGGAAAUCCGAGUGGGAGUGCCAGUUGGAGAAGCACCGCUCGAAAUCUCCAUCUUCAAUUGACUUGCUAGAUUCCAACCAAUGUGAAGAGUUAGGAGUUCAUUCGGCAUUACCAGUUCAUGCUCCGAUUCCUGCUGGACAAGACCCUCCAAAGGAAAUUGUAGCAGUUGUUCGGCCAGCAAAUUUCUGUUUCUCCACUGCUCCAAAGAACUUGGAUCAGAAGUACAUUGUCAAAAAUAGGAUGGAAAUGUCUAUGGAAGUCAAAUUCAGUGGCAAUUCUGAUAAUGGUCAAGAAAGGCAUAUCUAUUCAUCUCGCGUGACACCAUCUUUUCAUAGAGGAUUUCAUGGUCUAUACAUCUUUUCCUUGCAGCACAAGUCUCAUGAACUAUUUCAGAAAGCCGGUGUAUAUAAAUUUUUGUUCCGUACAGAUGAGACAAGCUGUAAGAACUGUGAAAAAGAGGUAACAGUUCAUGCAUCUGCUGAGGUUGGAAGGUGGCAACUUUUGGGAUAUGAUCAGAAUAAGCAUCUUCAAGUCAGGGUUGGAUCAUGCUUUGCCCCUUUAGAUGUCGCAUGUUAUGAUAGAUAUGGGAACCUCAUUCAACUCCCAUCAACUCCAAAAGUUGAUUUGCAAUUCAAAAUGGGCAAAGGCACGUUGAUUUAUGUGAAGAAAAUGAAGGCAGGUCUUUCAGCCAACAAAAAGACCCUAAGAAUUAAGGAUUUACUAGUAGAAAGUGGGGAUUUAGACAUUAUCCGGCCAAGCUAUGAGGGCACAAUGCUCAUAUGUCCACCAGAUGAUUCUUUGUCGAUUUCUAUUCCAUGUCGAGUUAUUCCUGGACAUGUGCGGCGUGUGUUGGCACAUCCAUCUACACAAAGUAUCCAAAUGCUUCCUGGGUGCAUAGUACAAGAACUCAAAUUGGAGAUGUUUGAUGCAUAUGGAAAUCAUGCUUUGGAGGGCUCUGAAGUUCUUUUGAAGGUUGAGGGAUUUUCCUUUAAAGAUCAGAUGGGUAAAAAGCUCAAGGUGGAUCAUGAUGGAUUUGUUCAUCUCGGUGGCAUGUUGAAAGUUACUGCAGGUUACGGUCAAGAUGUGUCGCUGUCUAUUAUAGCCAGAGGUGAAGAAAUAUUCAGGGAAGAAUUCCAAACAGAAAAAAGGGAGCUCAGAGUUGCAGAACCAAUUGGCAUUCAGCCUUCUUCAGAUUUGCAGCAGCAGGAGAUUCAAACCUUAUGUCCAAAUAGGAUUAUAAUGAUGCUGCAGGACACAUCAACCCCCAAUGAUGUAGAGAAUGCACUUUCCAUCAUCAAGAAUGAGAAGAUUCUUGAGAAUGAUAUUCUUGAAACUGGUUUGCGCAUUGGACAUCGGGAAAAGGCGCUGAAGUUGCUGCAUGAACGGAAGGCCGAAAUAGAGCAAUCUUUGGUGGAAUUGGGAGAGCCUUCCCCCUUGAACAUUAUGGACUGCUUUUUCACCAAAGAGGAAAUGAUAGACAGGAUAGAAAACAGAAAUGGCUCGGCAGCUUCUACUCUCUGCGAAUUGACAGAAGGACCGCAUAGACGAUCUAGAAAUGGCAUAAUUGGUGUGGUUGCACUUCUUGGAACGGUUUGCAAUAUUGAGCUUAGCAGGAUGUUAGCCAAGUAUCUGGGUGUAGAUAAAAUGCUCGGGAUCGUGUGCGCAAACUCUGAGACGGCAUUUAGUCUUGAGGCGUAUGACCAAAACGGGGAAGUAGAUCUCCAAAAUGCUGUCUAUGCAAAAGCAGCUGAACUUGGCAAGUUUAUUAGUGGUGAAUUCCGGGUCAUAUGUCUUGAGGAAAUAAGCCCAUAUAUAGGAGAGUUUGAAGGUUUUGAUAGGAAACUGGCUUUGCCUUUUCCUACCUUACCUAGUGGAGAAAUUCCUCUAGGUUUCUUAGGAUAUGCGGUUAACAUGGUCGACAUAGACGUCGAUCAUUUGGCUACAAGAACAGUUGAAGGCCUUGGUCUUCGAGAAACGCUAUUCUAUCAGCUUUUUGGCAAGUUACAAGUCUAUGACACCAGAGAACACAUGAAGCAGGCCCGUGUCUACAUAGAUGAUGGUGCUGUAUCACUGGACGGUGGAAUAAUACGAGAGGAUGAUUCGAUUUCUCUUGGCUUUUGGAAGCCGGACAUAUUCUUUCCUGUUGUGCCGUCUGCAAUUCAGAAUAAUGCUUCUCCAGAGAGAACGCAACGCAGGAUGCAGAUAGAAGAGGCUAUGUCAGAGUUAAGAGUGACCCUCCUCGAAAUACGUAAGGUUACAAGAGCUUGUGAAGAGGCCAGGCAGCAAUUUUUUGAGAAGACCGGGGACUUUCGUAAGUUAAUGGGCACGGCAGAGGCUUUUGUGAAAAAUCACUAUCCGAAGUCGGAAUCCCGCCCUGAUAAUUUGUCUCCACCAUUGCCUCGUGAAUGAUUUAUAGUUUUAAUUUCUGGGCUUGGGAAGAUGGGAUAAUUGUCUAUUCCUUGUAAAUGAAUGAUAACCAAAAGAAUCAUUUGAGUGUUUUGUUCAGCUAUCAAUGUGCAGCUAUCAAUUUUGUGGGAUUU